AUGACCCUCACUACAGUCGAGGGAACAGAAGGUUUUUACAAUAGUAAAAAUGAUGUGGUGUAUGCCAAAGCUUCAUCUGAAAUCCCUGCUGAUUUAAGAAAUGCAUCGAUUUCAAAAUAUCCAGCUGGUAUUAUGUGUUGGGGUGGAAUUUGUACGAAAAGGUUAAUACCUCAAGAUGGUCCAAUAAAUUUUACUCAAUGGUUACAAGAUCAACGUUCAAAUAAUAGUCCUAAAAGAUUGUACAUGACUGGCGAAUUAUAUGCUAGAUUUUUAGAUGAAGAAGGUGUUCCAGCAAUUGCUGAAGCAGUAGAAGAUCUAAAAAGAUUCGAGCCAAAUGAUGAAGAUGCAAAAUUUUCAGAUGUAUGGCCUAUUGAAAGUGUUUGGGGAAUUCCAAAAGAAAAAACACAAGCACAAACAUUUGACAAUCUUGAUUCACUAGCCGAUUUUAUUAAUUUAGAAUGGUGUAAAAUUACACCUGAACAAUGUGAAGCAAUGAUAGAUAAGAUACCUAAACGUCUGGUUAGGGGUAUAUUAUUAAAUAAAAUUUAUCAAUGUGGUUUAAUGAUUAAUUAUAAUUGUGGUUAUUGUCGUAACAUUGUUUAUGAUUUUGAUGAAAGUGAAUUAUGGUUAAAACAAAAACUGAAUAAAUGUAACUUAAUCGAUACAGAAACAGAAAGACAAUGUGAUCCAUUUCAUUGUUAA